AUAAAGGCCGACAACCUCCCGUGUCCUUCCCCUUUCCAAGUCGCUCUCGAAGGAUUCGUCGGUGCAUCGCGUGAGGCAGCCGUCGAGGCAUCGAUCCCCCACCCCCCACCCCACCCCAACGAGCUUCUGCGCUUCGAAAAAUGGAUCCAAUGGCAACGCAGUGUGCCGUGCUGGCUUUGACUGAUGACGCGGUUAUGCAAAUGAAAGCAGUUUUUGAUUUGAUUAGGGAGGUUGGAAGUGACAACCUGGAGCAGUGUGAUCCUCAAAUCAUCACGCAGGCAUCUCGGUUAGGUCAACUGCCGGUAGAGUCUUCUUCUGUGGACUUCGCCGUCGCUAUCUGCAAGUCACCUGAAUUUCCUGGUAAUAGCUUGUUCGAAGAAAUCUCAAGAGUGUUGAAGCCUGGUGGAACCAUUGUGAUUUGUAAGGCUUUAUCAUCCGUAGCGGAGGAUACAUCUAAGGCAUCCUCUGCUCUUGAACGGGAGUUGCUGUUGGCUGGAUUUUUAAAAGCACAGAGUCUUCAAAUUAAAUCAGUGGCAAGCUCUGAUGGUGUACGACAUUUUAUGGUCAAAGCGACAAAGCCAUCCUGGAAACUUGGCUCCUCCUUUGCAAUUAAGAAGGGCGCAAAAAGCUUUCCAAAAGUUCAAAUAAUGGGCAAUGAUGAUGAUUUGAUAGAUGAGGACAGCCUUUUAACUGAAGAGGACUUGAAGAAACCGCAACUUCCACCUGUUGGGGACUGUGAAGUUGGAAGCACUAGGAAAGCUUGCAAGAAUUGCACAUGUGGGAGAGCUGAAGAAGAGGAGAAAGUGGAAAAACUGGGACUCACCUCGGACCAGCUAAACAAUCCUCAAUCGGCAUGUGGCAGUUGUGGUCUGGGAGAUGCCUUUCGCUGCGGUACAUGCCCUUACAAGGGUCUUCCACCAUUCAAACUUGGUGAAAAGGUCUCAUUAUCAUCAAACUUUCUGGCAGCAGAUAUAUGAAUCACUUUGCAAUUACUUACAUAGAGUUCGGCUUACUGACAAGCUUGAUGGUGGUGAAUCAGUUGUGCUUUGUCUUCCGUCAUUGCGGCCUAUUGGAAAGUUCUGGCAUCCUUGUCAAGUUAGAAAGGAAGUGUGCAUUCUUGACAGGAUAAGCCAAAAUUUGAUUUGACAAGUUCUCUCGCUCAAAGGGACAUCUACCGUCUGAUUGUAUUGCUUUCAUAUGUUGUCGUGAUGUUGUUCUUGAUUUUUUAUUUAAAAUAUUUGAAAAGAGGCUGAUGGAAGAGUGUGUCGACUUCAAUCAUAUCAAUUUGUUGGUGGAUGGGGGCUUAUUUUGUUA